CCGGUGGGUGGAGAGAGAGAGAGAGAGAGAGAGAGAGAGAGAGGUGGGGGGCGGGGCGCAGAAGGGGGCAACGGAGUAGAGAAGACAACAACUCGACACGGGAGAAGGAGAAGAGAAGAGGACGACGCAAGGCUUCGCCGCGUCGGCGAGUUGGGAUAAUUUUCGGGCUGCCGGAGAUGCUACCGUCGGUACCCGGGGGGCAACGCAAUUUGGGCUCGGGUUCGGGUGCGGCUCCCGCGACGGCGACCGCCACCUGAGCAGGAUGUUCGACUGGAACGACGACCAGCAGCAGGUAGGGGAUGCAAUAUGGGCUGAGUUCAAUGAGAAUGAAGACCAUAUUGUGCCUUACCCUAAGGGUGCAGAAGAUAGUACGUUAGUUAGUAUUGGAGAUCACAAGAACAAUGAUGAAGAGGCAGCUAGUAUUACAGGCAUCACUGAACGUUCUGCAUGUGCUCAGACUGAACUUCAAGGGUUGGAAAAGCAGCCUGCAAAUCAGACGAGUGAGUUUUCAGCUACACGACUUGACAUGGAAUCCUGGCCCGACCUACCUUCUUUGAACCCUGCACUUGAUAGAAACUACAGCGAUGAUAACAUAGAAUCCACAUAUCUGGAUUUCAGUGCUGAGCCAAGUUUGGAGAAAGUGACAGGAAAUACUACAGUGCAGCUGGAUGGUGAACCUGAAGUGUUUGGUAAUGAUCAUGAAGAAAAGAGUAAUAGCUUCCUUGACUGCGACUGGGGUAAUAUUGGGGACUUAGAUGAUUUUGACCGCCUAUUCAGCAGUAGUGACUCCAUAUUCGGUAAUGAGAUGGUUGCCAGUGGCAGUGAUUUUCUCUCCACAUCUUCGGAUUUGAUGGAUAAUACUGUACAAUCAACCCCAAGUCCGCUUGUACCAUUGAAUAAACAACCAUCUUCUGAUCGUGGACCUUCUUCGCUUCUGAUUAAUGAAAUUUCUGGUGGAAUUACCAAACAAGAAAACAAGGGAGAUGUGCAGAAGAAGCCAGUGAGGUCACGCAGAAAACUAGAGGAAAGAUGCAAAAGUAAAAUAUCCAGCAAUACAAGUGGCUUGUCCCAGAGCAAAGGACAGAAUCCACCAGCCAGUUUGCAAGCUCCUAUGCAAACUGUCCAGACUCCUCAAUAUGCACCGUUCCAUGAUGGCAAGAACAUGGGGCAAGUUCAGCAUUCUAAUCAGUUUAUGUUUCCUGGCUAUGGGUAUCCUGCAUAUCCAUUUCCUACCAUUCCUUUGGUGUCAAACAUUCAGGCUAAAGGCCAUCAGCCAAAACCAGCUUCUACAAGCUACAGACCUUCAACAGAUUCGCCAAAGAAUUUGAGUUCCAUAGAGAAGUCACAAGAUAUACCAUCAAAGCCGUUAACCAUGACACCACAAGAAAAGAUCGAAAAGCUUAGGCGCCGGCAGCAAAUGCAAGCACUGAUAGCUAUUCAGCAACAGCAGCAACAACUUGGUCAAGAGGGUUCUAGCAGUGACAUUAUGGCACCUCAUGUGUACUCCCUGAGGAACAAAAAUCCAGAUUCCUUAGGGACUUCAAUUGUCAUAGAUGAAAAUGCAAAUAAGGUUUUUUCGCCUGAGCUGAUUCCAUCCAGCCACGAAGAGGUUCACAAGAGUUCUGCAAUUCCAGAUGAUCCCUUUAUAGAGGAAAAAAUAUACUAUCAGCUUCAAGAUGCUCUUGGCAAGUUGGAUACCAGAACUCGACUAUGCCUUCGAGACAGUUUGCUUCGUUUGGCUCAUAGUGCCACAGAGAGACAAAUUGCUGGUGACAGAAGUAGCACUAACAAGACUAAUAAAGAUGAAGAUGAAGCUUCAGAAAAUGACGCAUCUAGUAGAAGAAAAAGGUACCCCUUUAUACCCGGGCAAGGUGAUGCAGACUCAAUUAACCUGACAUGGCGCACCAUUAAUUGGUUUAGAAAACCUCACUGAUCUAGUCGAACCCAAGUCCCGUACGCCUCAAGCUUAUAAAGUGCACAUAUAGAAAUACAACCAAUAUGCUGUUAAAUUCCUUCGUAAUAAAAGUAUGUUAUUGGUAAUCUGCAAUUUUAGUCUUUCUAAGGUAGCCUCAAAUAUGCCUUAUUUACCAUCUAUGCCACAUGUGACCUGAUAUACCUUUGUUGUUCAUUUGUUAGGUAGUAGUUUGUAUACCAGUGUUUUAUCACUGAAACCUUUCACAAUGAAUUGAGGACCGAGUAGAGCUCGGGUGGCUUGAGAGAUGGUGUUUUGCUCAACCCAUCCAGGUUCGAUCCCUAGGAUUGACCUGCAUGCCUCACCUCCACCUUGGGAUUUAAUCUCAGGUGUGUUUACCCUAGGGAUUAUAUCCCGGGCAGGUUGUGUUUGGGACGCGCACACGUGUGUGUGCAUGUGUGGCAUGAGUGUCGUGUGUGAGUCCUGUGUGUCCUUGAAUGCACCCUC